UACUGUGCUCGUGGUUUUGACAUAUAUGCUUCCAGUUCAGCAUCCAACUCAGCCUCCGUCAUUCUUGCCCUAGAAUCUUCUCGUUUGAUCUUCGAACCACUCCGUCCCGAUCUUGAUCUGCGACCGAAUCCUCCACCCCUGCUUCCUCUACCAUCUCGGCGUUCACCGCCAUUCCUAAAGCUCUUUAUAACGCCACCGCCAUUCACAGGUGCCAAUUGCACACGCGAACUGAGUGCUUCACUGCCGUCAACUAGUACCAUCCUCAUCACCUGUCCAUCAAGUGCAACACCUUUGAAAUCGUUGAUCACAUUUUCAGCAUCACUUCUACGUAGAUAG